GCCUUGAAGGUCAGCUUCCCCAACGCACAUCGAUUUGACAUGGAGAUGCCCUGAAAUCUCCCGGCUGCUGGCUCCAGGUGUAGCGGGUUGCAGUGAUUCAGAUUCCACCACUAGAGUUCUCCCUGUGGCUCCGCUCGGCUCCGUCUGCCCCGUGUUUACCUCUCAGCCAAGCUGGACACAGACCUUCACCAACAGACCCCAGUAGCUCGAAAAUUACUGAUGUAAGCUGACUCGAGUCCAAUCCUCAACGGAUUUUCUGCAGCGCUUUGUGCUUGUGACACGGAGGCGGAGUUGUCAUGAAUAAGGAAAUCAUGUCACGUGUGGUGAAGAAGAGGCAGGCGGACCCAAAGGUCGUCCAGUAUGUCUGGGAGGCCAUCGAGGUCAUACGCAACCAGAAACAAAUCGCAAACAUGGACAGGAUCUCAAAGUACCUGAGCCGUGUGUUUGGCAUGCAUCCGAAGGAAACAGCCAGACAGUUGAGCCUGGCUGUGAAGGACGGCCUGGUGGUGGAGACCCUGACCGUUGGCUGCAAGGGCUCCAAGGCCGGCAUCGAGCAAGAGGGAUACUGGCUGCCUGGGGAUGAGAUGGAUCCAAAAGCCGAGGGAAGCAAGGUUAGUAAUCACUCAGCGGACAGACCAGAGUUUGAAUGUGAGCAGCACUCUGAAGCAGGGCCUAGAUGGAGGCCAGUUCUCCCACCGCAGGACUGGGAGACGGAGAGCCACGACUGGUACUGCUUCGAGUGUCACCUACCGGGUGACGUCCUAACAUGUGACAACUGCUUCCGAGUCUAUCAUCUCAAGUGUCUGUCGGACGAGUGCAAGCCCAGAGACGGAGGAUCUCCCUGGCAGUGCGUCGUCUGCAGGGGAAGUAAAAAGAAGAACUUAAACAAACAGGAGAUGUGUAAAUACCUGCGCUUCAUUGUCCAGCGUAUGAAGGAGAGGGCAGUGGACCUGAACAAAAAAGGCAAAGACACUAAACAUCCCAUGUACAGACGACUGAUCCACACUGCACUGGACGUCUCCAACAUCCAAGAGAAUCUGUCUGAAGGAAAGUACAAGACUUUUGAAGAGUUCAAAGCAGACGCUCAGAUGAUUGUUCACAACACUGCCAUACUGUACGGAGUUCACAGCGACCAGGCCGAGAUUGCACGGUUGCUCUUCAGUGACACGUGUCACGAGUUGAAUGAGUUGUUGCUAUGCAAGAACUGUUUCUACCUGUCGAACGCCCGGCCCGACAACUGGUUCUGUUAUCCCUGUAGCCCCAGCCAUGACUUGGUUUGGGCCAAGAUGAAAGGUUUUGGCUACUGGCCAGCCAAAGUCCUGCAGAGAGAGGACAACCAGGUGGACGUACGCUUCUUUGGACAUCAACACCAGAGAGCGUGGAUCCCCUCAGAGAACAUCCAGGACAUCAAGGUGAGCGUGCAGCAGCUGCAGGUGAAGCGCAGCAAUGGUUGGAAAAAAGCGUGUGAAGAGCUGGAGGUGUACCAGAGCUUCCUGAAGGAAGGACGCUUCUGGAAAACGAAGAUGGAGGACGGCAGCCCGCCACACCAACAGAGUCAGCGGCAGCAGCAGGAGGAGGGCAGCGUGAGGACGGACAGGAUGGAGCGGACGGACGAAGCAGAGUCCAGCAUCUCCUCCACCAGCAAUGAGCAGGUCCGCCAUCUCAAAAGCAGCCAGGAGCCCAAGGCGAAGAAAAGCCGUCGGAGUCACACGGUUGAGCCCAAAGAAGAAGUCAGUGACCCGGAGCCGGAGAUGGAGGCCGUCAGCUCCAGCCAGGAGAUCCCGGUGUCGUCGGCACCGCAGCAGCCAGAAAAGCUGUCGGUGUCCACGCAGACCAAGAAGGCCAACGGGGGGUCGCCGCGCACGCUGCAUCGCGGCACGCAGACCAACAGCGAUGGCGCCUGUCAGAACAUGUGCCAUGAGAAGUACACCAAGGUCUUCAACGACGUGAAGGAGAUGAUGAAGGCCGACAACAAGAGGGAGACGGAGAGGGUCGUCAGAGAAGCUCUGGAGAAGCUCCGUGCAGAGAUGGAGGAGGAGAAACGCCAGGCGGUGAGUAAGGCGGUGGCUGGAGCUCAGGCGGAGAUGGAGAGGAAAUGUAAGCAGGUGAAGGAGAAGUGCAAAGAGGAGCUGGUGGAGGAGGUGAAGAAGCUGGUGGCUCAACACAAACAGCUCAUCUCCCAGACCAAGAAGAAGCAGUGGUGUUAUAACUGCGAGGAGGAGGCCAUGUACCACUGCUGCUGGAACACCUCGUACUGCUCCAUCAAAUGUCAGCAGGAGCACUGGCACGCCGACCACAAACGAACCUGCCGCAGGAAGAGAUGAAUGAACAAGCCCCGCCCCUACCCGACCUUACACAGCACGCCAUUGGCUCUGUCCUCGCCUCCUCCUGUCAGUCAGUGUCUACAACAAACACAAACACUCUUCUCCCUCCUGCUUCUCGACUUGCCUUCCUGAAAACUUUGUGGACCCGAUGGUUUUUUGUGCGUGCGGAGCGGUUUUGUUUCUAUUAUUUAAUGUACCCAUUGUAUUGAUUUUACUUUCUACGCUUUUAUUUUUUCUGAACAGUGAACAGUUUGUUCAACAGCAUGACUCGAACGAGUUAUGACCUUGUUUUUUCCCUCUUCUUUUUUUUUUUUUUUACUGAAGUGCUAAUUUUGUGUUGGAGAAUGUGUUAUUUAAGUGUGUAGGAACAGGUGAGCAUUAACUGAAUACAUUUUAUUACCUGACUUUUUAAAAGAAACCUUUUUCUUACUGUAAAUGCAGCAAAGCGCACGCCGUCGAUCCUACAGAACAUUUUAAAAAAAGGUACCGUAAGCACCAUCGCAGCAUCAGACUGACUCCGCUUUCAUACAGAAAACCGGUUUUAAAAAGGAAAAAAACAACAAAAAAACAUUAAAUUGUGGAUUAAAAGGCUCGCUGACUUUAAUGCAAUUUAUUCUUUUCACGAAUCGAUUGCGGUGGAUAGCACCUUUUACCAUUUUUAUCGAAAAUUUUAUUGUCCUAAAGUCACUUAUUGGGAACAGGGUCAAAAAGUCGGCUUUAAAAGAUGCCGACCAAAAAAAAAAAAUCUUCCAUGAGAGAUUUUUAUUGUAAUUAUGCACAUUU